AGGCAGAGACAGAAAGGAGGAGGAGCUCGUUCACUCAUUGCGUCAUUUAUUAGUCUCAAGAACAGGUUUAUUGUCCACUGGGGGAAUCACUGCUACGUUGUGUAUAUAUGUAAGUGUGUGUGUGUUUGACUUGACUUUCCAGAGGAAAAGAGAAAGAGGAGAGUGUCUUGCAGCAUCUCUUCAACUCCUAAACCAACAUGUCUCAACCAGGCCACGAUGAUGAAGACGUGCAGCGUCCCGAGGUGAGACAAGAGGACCUGACCGAAGCAAAGACCAAGUUGGGCUCAAGUGGGCCAGCGAAGAGCAAGACGUUUCAAGUGAUGGAGGAGUGCGAGAAAAUGGGUAAAACUGCUCCGUCUGUGUUCAGUGGAGGGAGGUCAGGAGCGGAGACCGUUUUGAACACACGCUCGGGUCGACCAGUCAGGAAGUAGCAGGUCAGGGAGUGCCUGACCGUGAUUGGAAAACACCUGUUCCGUGUUAAGGGUUUAUUAGCAGUUGUUUUCCAGCUGUACUUCAAGCCAUGAAUAAUCUUGUUUAAAGCCUUUUUAGAAGCUUUGUGCUCUUUGUAAAAAUCACACUUGUUUUUGCACUGUACUCUAUUAAACAGUAAACCACU